AUGGAGACCCACUCGGACCUUCCGGUGCUGGGGACCAGUGAUGGACCCGGAGCAGGGGCUGCAGUGGGCAGUUCCCAGGAUGCUGGCUGGGCUGGGGGACCAUUCCCUGGGGGCUUCCGGGCCUCGCUGGCGGGCGUGCUGCUUCUGGAGCUCGCUCUGGGCCUGGGCUGCAACGCUGCUGCCCUGCUUCUGCACCGGGCCAGGGCCGGCCCCAGGGCCUCGGCCAGCGCACGCCUCACCCUCAGCCUGCACGUGCUGGACACGCUCAUCUGCGCGCUUUGUGUCCCGCUCAGCGUGGCCGUACUCCUGCUGCCCACGACGCCACCUCGCGCUCCAGCCUCGGUGCGCCCAGCAAGCCUGCUCUGCCGCUUCCAUGAGGCCGGCGUCACCUUCAGCGGCGUGGCCACUGCAGCCGGCGUACUCGCCGUGAGCCUGGACCGCUAUGACAUGUCCGCGCGGCCCGCUCGCCGUCGUCUCACGCCUGCCCGCGCCCUGUUGCUCCUAGCCAUCGCUUGGCUGAUCUCCCUGGCAGCCUUCUUCUUGCCCUUUGUGGAGGCCGGGCUGGCUCCGGGGGCGUGGGAUGAGGCCUCGGGUGCUGACAAUCGCACCGGCGUGUCCUGUGUAGGCACAGGCGGAGAUGGGGGCGUGGCGGGCCGAGGGGCACCUGCUGGCAGGGGCCACCUCCUGGUGCAGAUCCCCGCCUUCGUGGCGGCUCUUGUGGGACUGCUGGUGACCUACGCGCGCGUCCUCCACGCGCUGAGCGCGGGCCUCGGUGCGCGAGCCAGUCGGAGAAGGAGAAGGGGGAGGCGGCGAGGACGCGGCUGUGGAUCUGGGGCCGGAGCUGGAGAGGCCCGGGGGCUGAGUCCGAUGCCACCGCCGGCCGCGGCCGCCCCGGGCCCCGCACCCCCGCCGCCAGCCCUGCAAACUUCGGUGUCUGUAAUUCUAGCGCUGCGGCGAGCUGUGCGCAGGCACCGAGACAGGAGGGCUCGGAGGAGGCGGGUUUUGCGCCGGUCGCUGCUCAUCGUCAGCUCUUUUGUGGGAUGCUGGGCUCCACUGUCUGUGGGCAAUCUGCUUCUUCUGUGCAUGGGCCCCAGCGAGCGUCUGGCCCGCCUACGGCUCUGCUGCUUGGCGGCGGCCUACGGUACCACGGUGCUGCACCCGCUGCUCUACGCCUUCCCUCGCCGCUCUCUCAGCCGGGCGCUGCGAAGCCAAGGCCGGAGGCAUGCUGUGUGCGCCUUGCGACCCGAACCACCUGCUCCGGCUGCUGCUAUUGUGCGGAAUUCCUGGCUAGGAACGCGAAAAGGCCAGGGCAAGGCAGAGGAAGCCGGGGACCGUGGUUUGGGCUUGGAUGGACAGCCCCCGGACUGA